AUGGGAUGCGGGUCGUCGUCCCUAAAGCAUUCGACGAGCGACGAUGGAGUCGACCCUGCGACGCUGAAAACAGCCGAUGCCUAUCACCACCGGCAGCAGCAGCACCAGCAGCCGCCGCACCAAUCGCAGCAGAAUGACGGCGAGGGAGCGGGAAAGCGUCAGCACGCGGACGAGGGAUCCGGCAAGACCGCUGCUCUAGACGCAACGGUCACCACUGUUCCGGACGCCGAGAGCGACAACGAGAAUGCGAGGAAGGAUGGCGGAAAGGCCGGCGGUCCGUGGGGAAACGGGGAGGGGGCGGCGGAGGACAGUGGCGCAACAGGGGCGGAAAAUGCUUCCGCCAGGGGGGAAAAAGGAGCGGAUGCGGGGCAGGCGCAGCAGCCGCAUGAGCGGAGGCCGAGCGGAGGGAACUAUUUUCUGGACGGGAAGGGGGGCGGGGGGAGCGCGCGGAGUAGUAGCAGUGACGGCGGGGGGGCGCGGGAAGGGGGAACGGCGGCGCAUAUGUGGCAGCACGUGCACGGCGUUGCGAUGCGCAUCAUGGGGCGCUCCGCGAGCGAGGAGCGGGAUGGGAAUGGGGGGGGCGGAAGGAAAGGCAAGGAGAGCGCGGGAGCACUUCGUCCCUCUCCCCUUCCGCUCUCUACUCUUCCCCCCUUCUUUCCCCUCUCCCUUCCCCCCACCUAUUCCUCUGCAUGGCUUUCCCUCCUGCUCCUCUUGCUCUCCGUGACUGUCGUGUUUGUGCAGAAAGCAAAGCAGGCUGCAUAUGAUGAGAGGUACUUACCCCUAGCACUCCCGUACCUCCCACUUCCGAGCACUCCCGUGCCACUAUCCUUCUCGUUUCUCACUGCUACUGGCCGGCACACCAUCGACACUGCACACAUGUUUCUGCAUCUCAUUUCUCCCCAUCCAUCCCUUUCCCGACCUGCACGUCCCAAUCCCUUCCCCUUCCACGGUCCCUCCCGUGCUCCCCCCGCCCCUUUCCUCUUCUUGCUGUCCUGCGUGGAACCAUUCCCCCCUUUGUUCCUUCACGUGUGCAGUCUAAACUGCAUGCUCAAGACGCCAGUCAUUCCCUGCGCGGGAGCCAUACGUCAGAAUGGCCGCAUCGAGGUGAUGUCGUUUGAGGUGGCGCAUGUGAUGGUGCGGCUGGUGCAGCUGCAGCACUCGCUGCAGGACACGCACAUGGCGCAGCUGGCCUCUGGCGUCAUUGCCUCCCCCGGCAUCGCUGCCCUCGUCACCGCUGACACCGACACCGCCUGGCGCAUCGCUGCUCUGGACCGACUGAACGACCUGCGGGUGAUUGCACGGGACGUGGCCCGGUUCGGAAGGCAGUGCCCUGAUGCGUCUCUGCACGGGCUGUACGGCCUCUUCAACAGCCUACAGCCCCCACCCGUGCAACCAGCGCAGCAGCAGCAGGAUCCGGAGGGGGAUGAUGACUGCUUGCAAUGGAAUGUGAAAAAGAGCAGGAGGGCGGCAGCGGAGGAGAAGGAGCUGUACCAUGAGAUAACGAGCAUAGAGCACAUGUACAAGGCACUGCAGAAGCGCCUCAACGAGAAGCGCUCCACAUCCAAGCCCAGCAUCAUCCGAGACCUGAUCGAGCACAUGCGGUCGGAGCUGGAUGCGAAGAAGGAUGCAGUCAACAACAAGCGAGGGGGCAGCAUCUGGACCAUGACGUUGGACCAGGUGGUGGUGAAGCUGAGGGAUGCGGUUAUCUUCCUGCAUGCGCGCAUGCACACUGUCUUUGGCAAACACGCGCACCUGUCGGCGCCGUUCAUGGAGGCGAGGGAGAGGGUGCAGACGGGGGCGGAGCGCACGCUGGGGGAGGCGGGCAUGGAGCUGCACUACGCCAACAUCGUCACCAUGAUCGAUAAGAUUGUGACGGGCAGGUCAGUGGAGCACCAUCGGGAGGCGCUGUACAGCGCGCUGCCGCGGAGGGUGGUGCAUGUGCUGCGGCGGCGCCUGCUGCGGUCAGAGGAGGUGGCGCAGAUGGGCACAGACGUGCUGCUGGCCCGCCUGGAGGGCGUGCUUGACUGGCUCGCCACCAUGGCUGAAAACACCAUCAAGAUCGGAGUGGAUCGGCGGUUGCAGGGGCACACGGAGCUAUCCCUCCUAGAGACGCUGUACCACGUGGAUGAGAGGAAGCUGCAGGCGCUGCUAGUGGAUCUUCUGGUAGACCUGCAGCACUAUGCCAGCCGGGAGGACGCGGACGACCCUGAGUACGCUUGGGCGCCCAUUCCCCGCUUCGCCAUUGUCGCUGCUGUUUCCACGGGCGGCGGGGAGGAGAGCGCUGCUGCUGAAGCGCCAGACGCCCCUGCUGCCUCGGUGGUGGAGGAGAUCCCAGAACCGCACACCCCAACCUUCCCCCUCACGCCGCUCACCCCCCUCACCCCUUCAAGCGUUCCCUGGAGCGCCUUCUCUCCCCUCUCCAAGCCCAUAUCAGCACCACGAGGGGGAAGCGCAGCAGCAGCAGGAGGAGGAGGAGGAGCGGGAGGAGGUGGAGGAGGAGGUGGGAGCGUGGGUGUGUCGCGUCGGGCUGGCCCUCCCCUGCCCAUCCGCGUGUCCUUCCCAUCCAGCAAGUCCGUUUCCGCCUCCACUGCCUAUGACUCCUCCAACCCCAAAUCCCCCUCGGCCGCGUCAGCAGUAUCCGACACGGCGCUCUCUGUUUCAGGCUCGGGCCCAAACACGCCAACUCCGCUGUUUGGCAACCAUUCCCCUCUCUCCGCCUCCUCGCCAGCCUUCACGCCCUCUGCCACUUCCGAAGCUGCUAGUAGCGUCACUGGCAGCAUCACGCCAGGGUCUCUCUCAGGGUCCUACGCCGCUCGCAAUUCUGCCUGCAGCUCGCUUGCGCCCUCGCGUGGGGCUGUUCGCUUUGCCAGUAGCGGCGGCUCCAUUCCCCGCCCACAUUAUCACGACAGCCGCAGGCGCACCCGCAGCAACCGCGCCACCAAGUCUGCUAGCUCUGGCGCGCAGUUAGCAGUUGUAGGAGGUGCGGGAGGAGCAGGAUCCGGAGGACCAGGAGGAUCAGGAGCAGUUGCAGGGGGAGGAGGAGGAGGAGGUGGAGGGAGCUACCUUGUUGCCAUGUCUCUACCCGCUGCGAUGGUGCCGGGCGCAAAGGGAGGGUCCAAAGGAGGCCCGUUCAGUGGGUACGGCUUCCCAGUGAACCCCAUUCACAGCUUUGAGCUGCCUUCCCACCGCCGAAACAUUCCCCAGCCACUCCGCCUCUCAGUCCUCUCUGACUCGCCGUACCACGGGGGGGGCCUGGGCACGCCUGGGUUCUCGGGCUCCGGAGGAGGGUUUGGGGAGAGUGCACCGUCCCCGUUGGCACAGCUUGUGGCGUCGGCAGCAGCGGAGGAGGGAGAUGAGGACGCUAUUCACGCUAUGGCGUCACCGCUGCCGCAGUGGCUGCCUGUUUCGUCAGCGUUCAGGGAGGAGGAAGAGGAGAGGCUUCGGUCUCGUGCGUUCUCGACUGCAAGCCCCACGCCUGGUACCCCCACUGUGGUGCCGAGGAUGCUUAGUCGAGCCAUGCGUAAGUCUAUGACUGACUGGGAGAUGGGGCCCAUGAUUGAUGCGCUCACGCUGGAGAGUGCCGGUGUUAGUGGCGUUGCGGCGGGUGCGGGUGCGGGCGGGAGUAUGCAUGUGACUAGGAGCUCUGAACGUCUGUCGGAGAGCUCUGGGGGGGCUGGGAGGGGAGGAUGGGGCGCAGCAGGCGGGGUGGGAAGGGGCGGGGAUGGAUCAAAGGGAUCAGGUCAGCGGUCGUUCUUGGCGGUUGGGUCUGGUGGGCACUCGGGAGUGGGGGUGGGAGGAAGCGGGUUGGGUGAGAGCUUUGGUGGGAGCAGUGUUGGUGGGAGUCUGACCGGCAGUGUUCCAGGCAGCACGAGCGGCAGUGGCGUGCUAGCUGCUGUGAUAUUUGAAGGUCAAGCAGGAGACGACGGGACAAGCCCAAUGGGAGGACGGCCGGUCGCGGCAACACCCAGCAGCGGCGGCAGCAAGGGCUGGGCGAUUGAUGAUGAUGAGAAUGGUGCUGCGCUCAUUGCUGCUGCUGUGGGGGGAAGCUUGCUUACGGAUGGGAUGGGGGAGGAGGAGCGGGGAGAGGCGAGUGAGGGGGGCACGAGUGUGGGGCCGAGCCCGAGGGUGGCGGAGGUGGGAAGGGAGGACAGUGGGCGGAGUGUUGCCUGGGGCCGAGCCCCAGAGGAUCCAGGGAGAGGAGCGCUGGUGAAGGCCGUGGGGAGUGAGGUGAAGCCAUGGGAACGGGAGGAGAGUGUUUAG